UUCCCCAAUUUGAGAGCUGUUUUUGGUAUUGAAGGGGGCCCAAGCCCAGAAAAACAAAAGUGGGUUGUGACGGGGUUAUAGUGAAGGGUUCAAGAAUUCUAUACUGUGGCCCUUAUAUUUGACUUUUAAGUGAGGCUAUAUCUUUUAGUUUUUAGAUCAAAUUGGUUAGUCUAAUCUAAUGAUUAAGAAUAAGACCUUAUAUAAGGGUCAAAAAUAAGUCCCUCACUAUAGAAUGACUCGUGAAAGGUUAUAAUGAAGGGGUCCUUAAUAGCUGUCCAAUUAGGUACAUGGUUAUUAUUGGUGGACUAUUAUAGAAGCUCACCUAUUUUCAUGCCACUCUCCCCAGUUAAAGCCUAAAGAAAACCAUUGGGUGAUCCUGGAUUCAAACUCCUAAAUAUCCGUGUGCGUGAGUUUUCACCGUUUCCCCUCUGAUUUUGACAAAAACAAAAAACAAAAAACCCUAAAAACAAAAACAAUUCACUUUCUUUGGUCGAACAAAAAAAAGGAAAGAAGUAAAGUACACUAGUAAAGUAAAGGAAGUAACAGAAAGAAAGAAAAAAAACGCCGAGCGGCACCGGAACCGGCACAGAUAAAACCGGAAGAAGUUUGAGUCACAAUGCGAUCCUAAAUGCAUGUCCAUUUCUGCUCACUCACUCUUAAACCCCAAACGAUGGCAACCUUAAAACCUCACCAACCCCUUCAUCAUCAAAACAUCAAAGAUCAAAGGCAAAAACGCAUCAUCUGCAAACUCAGAGACGCCCUUUUGACCCGUAUUGCCGCUUCAUCAGAACCCUCCAAACCCAUCAUCAACUCCGAGGGCCUUAAGUCCAACAUCGACCGCCGCCUCCGAGAGCUCAUCCCCACCGUCCACACCCCAACUCACCCUCCUUAUGCCUCGAUGAUACAGAGGGCAAUAGAGGAGUUGGAUGAGGAAGGUGGGUUGAGUGAGGUGGCCAUAUCGGAGUUUAUCAAAAGGGAAUAUGAGGAUUUGCCAGUGGCGCAUGAGGGAUUUCUGAGGCAUCAUCUGAGGAAACUUUGUGAGAGUAGGGUGGUUGUGAAUUUGGAAGGUAGGAGGUACAAUCUUGCGGUUGAGGAGGGUGAUGAUGGGGGUGUGGUGGACAGAGAGUCUACGAGCGAAAGGUGGCCAGGGCGGGAGGAUAGACGCGAAAUUGAAAGGAUGGAGGAAAAAAUGAAAGGGGAAGAAUGGCAAAGUGAGGUGAUGAGAAGACUUGAUGUACAAAAGCAAGAGCAUUUUGAGGUGAUUGAAAACAAAUGUGAAGCCCAAGGAAAGCAGAUGGAAGUGAAUGAGGGACAACUUGAGAUGGCAAGCAUGGAGUUGGAUGUGGAAGGGAGUUCGAAUAAAGAAGCAAUACUGGGAGAUAUUGAAUCUGAGGUGUAUGAAAAUGAAGUGAUACAAGGAAAUCAUCAUAGAGAAGAACAACGAAGUGGGGAAGUAUAUAAGCAAAAUACACAAGCUCACGAAAUUGAGGUAAUUGAAAAUCAUUUUCAACCGCAAGCUGGGAAAGUUAGAGAGAUCGGAGAGAGAGUCCAAGGGCAAGAUAUUGAAGUCAGAACUAAGAUAUUGGAAUUAUGUUGCCAUGGUGAUGAGAACUUGAGAACCCAAGGUGAUGUGCCUCUUGCUGAUCAGCUCCAGCAAUCACCACUUCAAAGCCAAGAAAAGCGACGUCCAGGGAGGCCUUGUAAGCCUAGAAAAGGUAUAGAAAGUACUAGGGCAUUGGUACUCUUGGCUCCUGAAAUUCAUCAUGAGGAAGAGCCACCAAGGCGUCGAGGGAUGCCUCGUAAAGCUAAAAAAGAUAUGGAUGCAAGUACUAGGGCAUUGAUGCCAUGUGGUGGUCCUCAACAUCAUGAUGAGGAGCAGCCACCAAGGCUUGGAGACAGGCCUCCUAAAGCUAAAAAGAAUAUGGAUGUAAGCAUUUCGGCAUUGCUAUCCUCUGAUCCUGAACAUCAUGAUGAGGAGCAGCCACCAAGGCGCCGAGGAAGGCGUCCUAAACCAAAGCCAGAUUCAGAAACAAGUUUGGCAUUUGUAUCAUGCUCAGAUAAGCAGCAACCACAGUACAGAGGCAGAGGGAGGCCUCCUAAACCAAAACCAAAUUCAGAAACAAGUCUGGCAGUUGUAUCAUGCUCAGAUAAGCAACAGCAGCAGCAACCACAGUACAGAGGCAGAGGGAGGCCUCCUAAAUCAAAACCAAAUUCAGAAACAAGUCUGGCAGUUGUAUUGUGCUCAGAUAAGCAACAGAAGCAGCCACAGUACAGAGGCAGAGGGAGGCAUCCUAAACCAAAAUUAGAUGCAGAAAAGGCUAAGAACCCACCACAGACCCCUCAGAUUGAGCAGUUGCAACAAAAGCGUCGAGGUCGGGGAAGGCCUUCAAAAUUGCAAUGAGUACCAGAAACAGAAGACUUGUUACAGAAGUGUUUGAUUUUAUGUUUGUAUAUAUUCUGGUAUAUAUCUUUUUGGGUUUAGAUGCAGUUGCAUCAGUUGUUUUGUCUGCCAGGAUGAUCUCACUACUAACAGUAGUUUAAGAAAGGUAUAUAUGAAUCACCACCCAGUGGACUUUUUAA